UUCGUUGGCUGGCUUCCCUGAUCCAUAGUUUACUAUGGGCUACUGCUCUCUUUUGCGUCUACCCUGCUGCUUAGGUUUAAGCAUUUAAUGCCUCUCUCUCUCUCUCUCUCUCUCUGUCUCUCUCUCUCUCUCAUUUAGGUUGCAGAUCUGCCAUGGAAAUAGGAAAGCUCCUUCAGUUUGCAGCUGCAGAUUCAAGCUCUGUUGAACGAGCUUCCAGCCUUUCGCGCGAUGGUAUUUGCUUGUAAAUGGGAAGAUAAUCACAGGGGAAGACUAGGAUAAUCAAACUCUAGAUAAAGUCUUUGUUGUCUACAAUGAAGUUUGAAGCGCAAUAGUUGCAAAUCCAUGUGCGAGAAUCUUUUUUAUGCUGAAAUAAUCUCUUUGGCUUGUGGAAUUGAGAGAUUUGUCUGUUAAAACUCCAGAGGAGAAGCCUAGCCCCUUUUCUCUUCCGAUGCUGCGGUUUUGGGCUUGAGCAGAUAGAUGGGUUGCUGUCUUUCGGUAAGUAGUGGCAUCAGUAGCACUAGUAGCAGGAGCAAUGGAGAAACGAUAUCUUCAUGUUCGGGUUUCAGCUCCCGAAGGAGCAGGAGAACGAAGAGGGCAUUUUCUGACCACGUCACAACCUUGCACCAUCUGUCUUCUAUACCUAAUCGGAUAUUCACAAACGGAAAGAGCAGAACCUCUUGUAUAUUCACACAGCAAGGGCGCAAAGGAAUAAAUCAGGAUGCAAUGGUUGUGUGGGAAGAGUUCCUCCCAGAAGAUGCAAUUUUCUGUGGAGUCUUUGAUGGUCAUGGCCCAUACGGCCAUCUUGUUUCCCGGAAAGUGAGGGAUGCCCUGCCAUUGAAGUUGCUCUCAUUUCUGCAGUCUUAUGAUUCUAAAAGAAAUGGCAAGAACAGUGGUUGUUUCGGUAGGAAAGUUAUACAGGACGAGAGAGAACCUGAGAAGGAGGCCUCAUCCGAGGAUAUCUUGGGCUUGCCAUGGAGAGAAGCUUUCUUAAAGUCAUACAAAGCCAUGGACAAAGAGCUAAGGUCCCAUCCUACCUUGGACAGCUUUUGCAGUGGUAGCACCGCUGUCACAAUUGUUAAGCAGGGGUUGAAUCUUUUCAUGGGAAACAUUGGGGAUUCUCGUGCGAUCUUGGGAUCCAAGGACAGCAAUGACUCCAUUGUUGCCGUGCAGUUGACAGUUGAUCUAAAGCCUGACUUGCCGAGGGAAGCAGAGCGCAUUAAACGGUGUAGAGGAAGGGUUUUUGCAUUACAAGAUGAACCUGAAGUUCCUAGAGUUUGGUUGCCAUUUGAUGAUGCCCCUGGAUUAGCAAUGGCUAGGGCAUUUGGUGAUUUCUGUUUGAAGGAUUAUGGGGUGAUCUCUAUACCUGAAUUCUAUCACAGGAUCCUUACAGAGAGGGAUCAAUUCAUUGUUCUUGCUUCUGAUGGGGUCUGGGAUGUGUUGAGCAACGAAGAAGUGGUUGAGAUUGUGGCCUCUACCCCAAAUCGAUCUUCAGCUGCACGAAUCCUAGUCGAGUCAGCUGCUCGUGAAUGGAAACUUAAAUACCCCACAUCUAAAAUGGAUGACUGUGCAGUGGUUUGUUUGUUCUUGGAUGGUAAGAUGGACUCUGAAUCUGAUGAACCAGAGGACCAAGGCAUAUAUACUGCCACUCAUCAAAGCCAACAUUCAUUCAAUAACACAACUGAGUCAGAUGAUGGACAGAUCCCAGAACCAUCUCUGCAGAGGAAUUUUACAGUCAGAUCAGCUGAAGACAGUGAUCCAAACAGCAAAAUUCUGGUUGCUGUGGAUGAAAGUGAUGGAACCGUGAUGAUUGAGGAUCAAAACUGGUCAGGUUUGGAAGGUGUUACUCGAGUCAACUCACUUGUUCAACUUCCAAGAUUUUCCGAGGAGAGGCGAAGUGCUUGAUUUAUGUGUAUAUGGAGUGCGUCCUUGACUGCUCUUUUGUAUUUCCAUGCCCUAAAAGCCUCAUAGUUUCUACAAGGAAAUCUGAAUUCUUCUCAUGGUGGCUUCAUCAAUUGAAGGUUUAAUGAAUAUUCUUGUUACCCCACUUUUUCACAAUUGAAAAACCCUUGGUUUAGAUCCA